CACAUGUAAGGCAGCGGGAAAGAGGGAGUACGGAGUUUCCUUUUCAUCAGCUUUUAAUCUUAAAAGGAGUGUAAUUUUCACUUAGUCACAGGGGGCAGAGUCCACUCCAGUGAGACCUCCCUCCCAAAACUGCCAGGAUCCUCUACUUCCACGCUGAGGAAAGCAGGCGCUUUCGGGAAAGGAAUAAAAUCCUCCCUGCUGCCUCAGGCGGCAUAGGAAUAGACAUGUCUACGGGGAGGAUCUGUUGCCUGGUGCUGCUGACCCUAGGGGUGCUGGCUGUGGUGGUUGCGCUCGUGGUCAUCCUCACUCAACCCAAGUGUGGUCCUGGGCAAUACCUGCACGGUGCCGUGGCUGCUGACACCGAGAUCUGCUCUGACAUCGGCCGGGACAUCCUGAAAAGUGGAGGCACAGCUGUGGAUGCUGCUAUUGCUGCCUUGAUCUGCACCUCGGUGAUGAACCCUCAGAGCUCAGGCCUGGGUGGCGGGGUCAUCUUUACAGUCUAUAAUGCCAGCACAGGAACAGUCGAGGUGAUCAAUGCCCGCGAGACAGUCCCACAAGUGUUUCCGCAUGAUUUGUUGACUGGCUGUGGUAAAGUCCCUAUUGGGCCCCAAUGGAUUGCUGUACCGGGAGAAGUUCGUGGGUAUGAAGAAGCCCACAAGCGAUAUGGCCGCUUACCAUGGAAAUCACUGUUUGAGCCAACCAUCAAGCUCCUUUCAGAGCCACUUAUCAUUUCCCCAGUUAUGGACAAAAUUAUCAGUCACUCAAGCUUCUCCAGACUAGGACGAAGCCUCUGCCCAUUGAUAUGUGAAGGUCAAAGGUUUUUGAAGCGUGGAGAGACCUUCAGAUGGCCAGCACUGCAGCAGACACUGAGAGCUGUGGCAGAAAAGGGAGCGUCGGCAUUUUAUGAGGGGCUGAUAGGAAAGGCCCUGGUGGAGGACAUGAGGAAGGCUGGGUCCAGUAUCUCACUGGAGGACCUUAAGGCAUAUAAAGCAGAGGUGUCCUCAGCUCUGAACAUUACCCUGAACAAUUACACCACAGUGUUUUCUCCUGGACCGCCCAUGGGAGGAGUUGUGCUCCUGUUCAUCCUCAAGAUACUUGAAGAGUAUAAGUUCCGUGAAGAGUCACUGGCGACACCUGAGGAGAAGGUGGAGAACUACCAUCUUAUUGCAGAGGCCCUGAAGUUUGGCAAUAUGCAAAGGCCUCAUAUGAGUGACCCCGCAUUCUCUGAUGCCCAGGUGACUGUUGGGACCCUGCUAUCUGACAAGAUUGCUAAGCUUGUCAGAAGCCGAAUAGAUGACCACGGUGACCAUCCACUCAACCAUUACCACUUGUUGGAGUCCACCUCUGGCCACAGAUACAAAAGUAAGGGCACCACCCACAUUUCUGUGCUCGCUGCGGAUGGCAGUGCCGUGUCCGCCACCAGCACCAUCAACUAUCCGUUCGGCUCCUUUGUGUAUUCUAACCAAACUGGGAUCAUUUUAAAUAAUGAACUUGCUGAUUUCUGCAUAGCAAACAGAAGUAUUAAGCCAGGAGAGAAGCCUCCCUCAGCCAUGGUGCCUUCCAUUCUUGUCUCCAAGAUGGGAGACAUGCUGGUGAUCGGAGGAGCCGGUGGAGACUGGAUUAUCAGUGCUACUGCUAUGGCUAUUAUAAACAAGCUGUGGCUUGGCUAUGACCUGGAACAUGCCAUUGCAGCUCCCAUCAUGCAUACUAAAGAUGACAAAAUCCUGUUUGAGGCAAGCUUCAGUGAGGAGGUUAAGAGUGGCCUGCUGAGAAGAGGACAUAAAGAAGGGAAAUUUAUGUUUGCAAUGAAUGUUGUGCAGGGGAUUUCCAAGGAAGGAAAAUGCAUCUCUGCUUACUCUGAUAUAAGGAAGCUGGGGAAAUCAGCUGGAUAUUAGCAUCAUAUACCAUCACAACUCCUUUAUUCUAGGCAAAAACCACAGGAGGUAACUAAAUUCAGAACAUGCUUUGGCUUGGGCAUGCCAACUUCAUCUGUUCCUAUCAGGAUGCCUCCCAGAAUAUGGGCAAAACUGUUGAUUACACCUAACUCCAAUAGACUGCAAGUACCCCCAGGCAAUACAAGGACAGGUCAGCCUGCCUUGAUUAGAGCUACAUCUGUCUUCCAUUACGUAGUCA